GGGGGGGUGGGUGACUAAGGAGAAAUAAAGCCUCGAGCCCAGCCGGUGAAUGCGGCCGCGAAUAGCGAAAUUUCUCCGAUCCGUCUCGUUCUCCCAGAAAUCAGAGAACCUCUACUUGCUUCAAAGUUUAUCGUUCUGCUGGACACGCUGGAACAUCGGCAGCUGGUCGCAACGUUUUCCUGGAUGCCGAGGCAUGCGCCCUAAAAACUCUGGGAUUGAUGUAUUGCAGAGCGCAGAUCUGCAUUUAUUACCUGCUGUGGACAGCAACGCUGAGCCCGAGACUUACCUUAGAACAGGAAACCAGUACUGCGAAAAAUUGGGACUGUCCUGCAGAAUGCAUUUGUCUUUCCCCGAAACAGGUUCUUUGCAACACAGGUGGGCUAAAAGACAUUCCCACGCAACAGUUGUCUCCAACAGUGGAGGAACUCUCUCUGACGAAGAACAACUUCCCGAUAAUAAAAGGCGAUGCGUUCGCCGGUCUGAGAGUCCUGAGGAAGCUAACAAUGGAUGGUAACAACAUCUCCACGAUACGUCCAUUCGCGUUCCGUGGAUUGAGCCGAUUACGUGAACUCUCUAUCCAAUAUACACCUCUACCGUUCAUCGAGAAGUUUUCCUUUGCUGCUUUGCAAAAUGUAUCCGUAUUGCUACUGGCGAAUAAUAAGAUCCGGUACAUCGAGGGAUACUCUUUCGCCGGCACGUCGAACAUACGUGUGAUACUGUUAAGCAAUAAUCCAUUGCUCAGAAUUCAGAGUCACGCAUUCUCAGGCCUAACGAAUGUCGUUCGCUUGAUUUUUCCCUCGGGAAUCAGAACCAUCGAACCGGACGCUUUCGAUGGUCUCCAGCAUGUUGGCCUACUUAAAUUAACCUACAUGGAUCUGUCUUCCCUUCAGUCCUACACGUUCCGUGGUCUCUUCUAUGUGCAUUCGUUAAAUAUCCAAGAAAGCGACUUAGGUAUUAUUGAAAAGGACGCCUUCACUGGCCUGUCUCGCGUCGAUCGGCUGAAUAUAUUGAACAACAAGAUUGAUCUCAUCGAAAGACUGUUCCUAAAGUACGAGAAUAAUAUCGAGUUGCUAAGGUUCCAUGGAAAUCAUGUAUUGGAGGCACCUCGACACGCUAAGGACGUGAACCUUGAAGUAGCCUCCAUCAGCGCCAUUGAUAAUCAUUUUCCCUGUGAUUGCCAGGCUCAUAAUAUCCUAGAGAGCGAUUUUGUCAAUGGCACUGUCCACGAAUUUCAGAAGAAAAAUUACUGUAUCUCGCCUAUCGAGUACAAUGGAAAGCCUAUGAACCUCGUCGACUUUGAUCUGAUUGCAAGAUGUCAUGAUAAUGUUGUACAAGACAACCUUGGCUCUGGCGUUGUCGGGAUUUUUACACUGCCGACGACUUUGUUUCUUAUUCUUCUGUUCUCCAUGAAUCUUUUUCAAUGAGUCAAAUGUUUAGGACAAACGUAUCGCUAUUGGGGUUGUAGUAUUAGCCUGGGUGACUUCCAUCGUGUCUGCAUUUCAAAGUAGUUUUUUAAUUUGUGAUUUUCUAGUAUUAGGACAUAUUUAGUUUAAAAGAAAUAAGACUUAAUAGCAAUAAGAAAGAUUUAUUACCUUGUAUAAAUACGUAUGUAUCAUUUUCUUCAUUCGUGAAAUUUACAUAUUACUGCCAUUUACAUAUCUUAUUUGAUAGAGUUAGACUUUGUUUAAAAAAGUCACAAGUAGAAAAAUAUGAUUGUACUUUAAUUAUUAAGGCGGGUGAUUGUUACUUGUAUUUUAUUGAAAAUAUAAGGUGAAUAACAUCUAAACAGCCGCCUUUCAAUUUGUAAAAGUAAGACUUACGUGAUGGAUUAUUGUUGUAAUUUCACUUUAUGAAACUGCUAUUAAAAUGUUAUCAAGAUCUCUUAUUAACAUUCACCACGUUCUCGAUUAUUGUAAUUCGCACGACUACGAGCUUUAACUGAUCCAUGUAAAUGGAUCAACGAAACUGCAUAUGUUAUGGAUUUAUUCUGUAAAUUAGUGGUGAUUUUAUCACACUUAAUACUUCAUGUCAUGUUGACCUCUCGUUUUGUAUUUUGAUUUUUAUCAAUUACUUUUAAAAUGUUCAUUCUAGAUAUCUUAUUGUUCGUAUAUAAGUAAGUCUGAUUGAUAUAGUUCCAUGUAUUUAAUAUUAAUUUAUGUAAAGUGUACAAAACAAGGGGUUAACAAUCAGAUUUAAAUAAAUAACUUUCGAUGACGAUAAUGAAAGUAUAUAGAAAUUAAGGAUAUAAUAAAUUCACCUUGUACGAAGGGAUAAAAUUUGCGUGAUUCAAAAAAGAUAAGUAACUAUAAUUUAUGCUUGAAAAGUUAACUCUUCGAGGAUGUGUAGUGUUCCAUUUAUAAAUUUGUAUUAUUGAUUGAUAUACAUAUAUGUAUACUUGUAUCAUUUAUAUUUAAUAAUAUAGUUGCUGACACGAUACUCUUAGAGUUAACUUAACGAAUGAUUGUUCUACGUAUACGUAGUCUUCCGUGCAUAAAAGAACCAUUUAAAAAGAUCAGAUUUAUUAUGCAAGAACAUAUUUUAAUGCUAGCCAGAAUUUCCUAUUGAACUGCAAGCAGUCACUUCUUGCGUUUCGGGAGCAACUGUUUCUUUAUUUAGAAAUUUUAUUAUAUUUUUAAGCAACUCGUAAUAUGUAUGUAUAUUUCUUUACUAAUUAUAGCACGUGAAGUUGUUAAUAUUCCAAAACCAUUUUAUAUGUAUAUUUAUUAUUUUUAACAGAUGGUUAAAUUUACACUGUUUUACUGAUCAACUUUUUGACUGAAGAUUGGAUAAUCGAUGUAUUAUGCUUCUGACUAUAAAAUAAAAGGGAAAUAGUUUUUCCCUUGCCAUUUGUAAUGUAAAAUUUGCGUGGCCUUCGGUCAGCAUAGUAACCGAGGACCAAACUAGCUUAUAUUUUUUACCAACAUCUAAUAUUGUAACAGUAUAACGAAAUUAAUAAUUAAAUAGUGUAACCUUUUAUUGUA